CUUUGUAAAGCAAAAAAUCAAAACAUCUUUACAUGUGAUUUUAGGAUAUGUCAGUACAGUUUAUUUAAACACAUCAUUUUCUUAUUUUAAUAUGUUAACACUGAUUUUGAAUGUCAGUCAUCAAUUUAUUGUUUUGUGUAUUUGAGUGUCCUAAGUUGUCGAUCAGUUUCCAUUCAACUGGUUGAAUAGCAUCAUGUCUGAUUCUAAUUUAGAUGAAUCUAGUGAACAAAAGCCAACUCUUUCUAAAUCUACUGUUAUUUAUGAUGAAAUUGUGCUUGAUGAUAACUCUGAUGAGGAAUCUCAAAGUGAUUUAAUUAAUUCUAAUGGUGAUUCUGAGAAAGUAAAUACUCCUAGCCAAUGUAAUGGAAAUAAUGGCAACAUUUUGGAUACUUUUACCUUAUCAAGUGAUGAAGAAGGAGAAAAUGUUGACUAUUCUGUUUCCGUUCCUGAUGUUGCUGUCAAAAGUGAAGCCGAUCCAGAUCCGUGGAAAGAGCAGAUUAAUCAAUGUAUUGAUGCUUCAAUAAAGUCAAAAGAACAAGAGACGUUUGACGAGCAAUGUAAAAAAAUUGAAGAUAGUUUUGUUUUUUUGGAAAAAGAAAUAUGUAAUAUUAUGGAACAAUGUAUAUUGUUGAAAGAAUCUAGUGAAAAAUACGCUUAUCCUGAAACUCAUAUUACUGGAGAAGGAGACAUCAACACAGAAGAUGCUUCCCUCAACAUUCAAGAAUCGGUUCAAAGAAUCGUCCAAAUAGACUCAAUAAAACGAAAAAUAGGUAAAGAUGUGCCCAUAGAAAGUGAAGAUUCAAAAAUUAACCUGGGUGAUAUCAAAAAGGCGGUAGAAGAACCAGAAAUAGACAUUGUAAAUAUGACCACAUUAGCUGAUCUACAAAAACUAUACAAAUUGCCAAACUCUGGACCCAUUGUCAGAAAACCAUUAGCCAUUGGAGAUCAAGUCUUCGCUGUCACAGAUCCAAAAAAUAUGGCCAAAAGUUUAUGGCAACCGGCAACCAUUAUUGAGACGUGUAAAAUAAGCGGCAAAAUCCAUUACAACGUUACAUUCGAAGACUCUUUUAUUCCUUGUAUUUUUCUAAAAGGAACUCAAUUGGCUUACCGUCAAACACCUUCCGUGAUGCUCUCUAAUAGGAAUAGAGUAAUUGCUCAUUAUCCUACUGAAUCUAGUCAACCUCUUGGAGAGUCUAAUCGCCAGUUUCUGUUCUCUGGACUGAUAGCCGAAGUUGCUAGACGAACAAAUUUAUUUAGGUAUUUGGUCUUUUUUGACAAUGGUUUGGUAGCCUAUGUACCUUGUGAUACUGUUUUCUUAAUUGCUGAAGAAAAUAUGUCCUUUCUUGAUGAUAUACCAGAAGAAAGGAAACCUUUUCUUAAAAAAUAUUUUAAUGAUUACCCAGAAAGAGCUUUAGUCAAAUAUCAAGCAGGAGCGAGAGAUUAUGUGGACAUUGAUGGCAAAUGGGUACCAGGAAGAGUUAAACAAGUGGACUGCAGUUUGGUUAGAUUUUAUUUUCGCCAAUUUGAAAAAUAUGAAUGGCUGUACCGAGGAUCACCUAGACUUAAACCUCUUUCAGGUCUUUUCAAGGCACUCGAAAAUCCUGAAACCAAUGGUAAAAAAAGGCAUUCAAGAAAAGGAACCAGUCAAUCUUCGAUUCUUGGUUAUUCCAGAAAACAGCGACCUUUUGUUCAAUUUGUCAGAGAUGAAGAUAGUUUUACUGAUGAAGAGGACAAGAAAUAUUCACCAAGAUCGGGCGCUAAACGUCUCGAUUCAUUUGGAUCUAGUGUCGAAGCUGAUUUUGAACUCUACCCAGAAUUUAUAACUAAACCUAAUCGCUAUCUAGUUUCAAGUCCACACGUUCCACAUCGUUGCUCUCCAAGCUGCAUCAAUGUUUCCUAUGAAGAUAUCUCAAGAUAUCGUGACACUAAUCCAUACGCAAUACCAAUCAUUUGUGGCUGGGAUCGUCAAGUAGCCUGCUUCACCAAUCAUGUGAAAAAUAAAAGAAAACGAACAAUUUUCUAUGUAUCUCCCUGUGGUCGCCGAUUCCGUAACAUAGAAGAAGUUGAUAUAUUUUUAAGCAUAACCAAAUCGAAACUUUCUAUUGAUCUAUUCACCUAUCAUCCUAAAUUGGUUUUAUACUCUGAAUUAAAUGGUAAAACGUCUCAAGGGUGCUACUAUUAUGAUGCUGAUGUUGCUCGAGGAACUGAAAAUCAUUCAUUAUCCUGCAUAAAUUGGAUCAACGAUGAGCCAAUUACUCCUGGAUUUAAAUAUUGGCCUGCAAGGUUUGCUGCUAGUGGAGUGAAUCUCGAAUUAGAUCCCCAUUUUAUGGUUUGCUGUGAUUGUACCGAUAACUGCCGUGAUAAAAGUAAAUGCGAGUGUCAACGAUUAACAAAAGAUAGCUUCGAAGUUAUCCGUAACAUACUUGGUCUUGAUGAUGAAUUUGGCUACAACCACAGAAGAUUAUAUGAAGCAUUUCACACUGGUAUUUGGGAAUGUAAUACUAACUGUGCAUGCAACGUUAACUGUGCAAAUAGAGUUGUUCAAAACGGAAUUCGUGUUCGUCUACAAAUAUUCAAGACUAAAAAGAAAGGUUGGGGAAUAAGGUGUCUCCAUGAUAUUCCGCCUGGUGCAUUUAUAUGUAUAUACGCUGCCGAGGUUCUCAAUGAAGAGUUGGCUGACGCACACGGAGCCAAUUUUGGCGAUGAAUAUUUGGCCGAUUUAGAUUAUAUAGAAACUGUUGAAAAUUUUAAAGAAGGUUAUGAAGAAUCGGUUUAUGUAGACCUUUCUUCAGAUGAAUCAAUUUCACCUGUAAGCAGUGAUCAAGAAUCUGAUAAUUAUCAUCAUAAAUCGCGUGGUCGUAAGAAAACAUCGAAAAGAAAAGGUUCUAAUAAAAAGUCUAGAAAAAAUCCCGAGCGAACUAAAAAAACUAAAAAACCAGGUAAACCCAUUAGACAAUUAUACGGUGAGAAAGCGGCUUACUCAUUGGAUGCCAAACGUAAAGGCAAUGUUGGCCGUUAUUUUAAUCACAGUUGUGAUCCCAACUGUUUUGUACAAAAUGUGUUCAUCGACACUCAUGAUCUUCGUUUUCCCUGGGUAGCUCUCUUUUCCUUAAAAUUUGUACCCGCUUUCACUGAACUCUGUUGGGACUACAAUUAUGAAAUAAUUGAGGGUCGUAAAAUGUGGUGUCAUUGUGGGGCGAGUAACUGUCGAGGUCGCUUACUUUAACACUUUGACACUUUAAACUUUUCAUCAAUUUAGCAAAGCUGAAGAUUUUAAUUUUUGGAUUUCUUAUUCUGACGAUGGUUUUUUCAUCAAUUCAGGCCAUUCAUUUCAUGAUUAAAAACAUUGAUUAACAUA